AUGGCCUUCCCGGAAAAUUCUUCGGUUGAUUUUUUCGUGCGGCUCAUUGGAGGAGAGAAACAAACUAUACGAGCAAAUAGUUCUGAUUCUCUUUACGAAGCUUUAGAAUCACAUGGAAUGGUUCCAAAAUCGAACGACCAUUUCGUUUUCUACUUCAAAAAUGCAGUAAUUAAUCCGUAUAUCUCCAUCGGAGGUCUCAACAUUAAAACAAAUGAUACAAUUGUCGUAUUAGAACAAAAAAAUAAAAAUCCCCUCGUUACAUCACAAAGUUUCGACAAUUUCAGAACCAUUUCUGCAGCAGACUAUCCUCUCUCAUACUCACGCCAAACGCAUGACGAUUCAGAUAAUGUUUACGACCAACCUACAAGACCUUAUACGGUUACGAUAGUGCCUCGGCAACCGCUUGAAGUUUCGCGUGAUCCACUUCCAAAGUUCUUUGUUUCAUCCCAUAAGAUUAAUAACGAUUUUUGGACAAAUCUCGAACGUCGAUAUGCUGGCAACUAA